GGGCCACUAUGCAUGGUGACCGUACUGUUGAACGUAAAAUCGCAGAUGCGGUUAACAAAGUUAACAGAGGACUCGUUGCUUAUUUUGAGAAAACCGUCGCUAGUACCUGUGCAAAAAUAAAAAAGGUGGACGAAAAUUGGCUCCGAUUAAUGGUUGAUGAAAUCACUCGAGAAUUUCUGCAAAACACCGAGCGUGACGUUUCUACCAUAUUAAAGAAUUAUGCAGUGAAUGAGAAGGUUACCACACUAGAAUACGCCAAUCGUAAUCUUCAUUCGAGCCGAGUGUGGUAUCCUUCCGGGGAUCCAGACAAGGAUGUUCGUGCGCAAUUGCUUGCUGUUGAUAGAGCGCACUUAAAACAGCUGUCAGAACGAGUACUUACCCUUCAUGGUGAAGUGCGACCCAUCCUGAAUGAAGUCCAAAGACAGCAAUGCAGACUGCGCAGUGAAUUCCACGAGGUUCAGCUGUGUGCCAAGCAAAUCUCCGAGGUUCAUUGAGUUCUCGGAUAUCCGGUGACUGGUGAGCUGACCAUUGCAAGUACCACAAGUAAAUGCUCCUGCGUCGUGCAUGGCGGCCGAGAUCCUAUGCCACUCAACUUCAGUGUCAUUCGGACAAGGGAGCGAAAGUUCGGUGCGUACUGCAUCCUGACAUAUUCUCUCCUAUCGGCCGCUGAUAAGUGUUGUCUAUCGAAGAUCUCUGACAAUCUGGACUGCGAUACCGUGUGAUCCUCAGUCAAUAAAACUGUUCUGGAAUCUUGUGCUGAAGGACAUCUAUUUUUCUACUGCGCUACAACAAAAACAUGCUUCUGUGAAACCUUCCUUUCGACACAAUGACUAUAAACUGUGCUUCCCUAGUUGACCACUUUCUUUAGGCUGUAAGGAAGAAAAAAACAUUUGCGUUAGUUUGUUACCACUCGUUGGGUUUGUACAGAUCACUUACCAUUCCACCACUGAUGUCUGUAUCCGUUGAUAUGCUGGAACAAGAUAAACCCAAUUUUAAUGUUUCA